AUUUGAAAAAUAACGACAAAUGCGUCUGUCUCAUUUCACAACUCACAAGCAGAGUGAGAAAGCCUUUGACUGAUAAAUACGAGUUAAUCAAUAUCCGUCAUCAAUUAACAAAACAAGGGAAAUGAAUUCCGAGAGACAAGAUGAAGAUGUUGUUCGUAUUGUGAAUUGUAUAAACAGCUGUUGGCCUGAAUAUUCUUUUACGGCCUUGGACGUACGUAGACCUUGUGGUGAAAAAUUCCGAGAUGUGUUGAGCAAAUUCCUUAAAGGAUUCCUUAGUUGCAAUUACCAGCUACCCUCGAUGAAUUUGAGUGAAUUUUCAAGAAACCCAGAGAUGUUCAUACAUUUGGAAGGCCCAUUGGCUCUUUACCGAGAAAUCAAUUGCAUUCUCAAGAGAUUAGGAUACAGCAACUUUAAAUACAUAGACAUACUCAAACCAACAUCAAACAUGAUGAGGGAAGUAUUGUUGGGCUUAGUAAACUUCCUCGCAUACUUUGAGGCUGAAGAAAAUAACAAAGAAGACAUAGAAGCUGAAAUCCAAUGCCUCAAAAAUAAAACAUUGCAGAAUGAAAAACUUUUGGUUGACAAGGAGCGUCAUUUGGACAAAUGCAAACAGGGUGAAGAAGAAAAGAAGAUUAUGGUUGCUGAAUUUCGAAAGCUCGUCGUUAAUCGGAAGGAAAAAUAUUUAAAAAUUGAGGCCAUUGUUAAAAAGGAGGAAGUGGAAAUGGAUGAAAUCACAAAGAGAAUUCGAAGUACCCAUGCAAAACUGGAGCAAGAAACCAACACUCUAAAACAGAUUGAAAUCGAGAAAGAGCGGGCCGAAGAAGAAGUUGUUCUUGAUCCAGAAGGCUUGGAAGCCGAAUUUGAAAAAAGCAAGGCUGACAAAGAAAACAUCGAGUCGGAUUUUACAUGUCUUAAAAGCCGAUUACCGGUUCUUGAACAGCAGAUACAGGAUCGCACCAUGCAACUUCAUGAGCAUCAAGAAACACACCAACGUAUAGUUCAAGUCAAAGCCAGGGAAUCCAAAAUAAAACAAGAGUGGCAGAAAGCCGAUGCUGAUAAUCGACGGGUGGAAGAAGAGAAUCAAAUCCUGGAAACUCAAUUCAAGAAAGAUAAAAGUAUAAUUGAAAGCAAGAAAAGGAUGUUGGAUGAAAUGGAACAGAAGAUGGAACAGCUUAGUGGCCUGCUUGAAAAAACGCGAUUGGAAAUGAAAAAAUGCACGAGCGAAGACGAGAGCCGCAAAACGCAGCAGCAAGCGAGAGUGUUAGCUAUGGAGAAUGCGGUUUCGCAGCUGAAACAAGACUUGAAGUUAGGCCAGAAAGUCCUUGAAGAAGGAGCUGUUACAUUUGAAGACAUUCAUCGCAAGCAUCAGCAAAACGUCGAAGAAAUUAAUUUCAAGUACGUUCAGCGAUUCGAAGAAAUUGAAAAAUUCGUUAUAGGAAUGUGCCCACAGUUCUAGUGUAACUUAACUUAAGAGCAAACACUGUAAUCAUCUCAACUUGUACCUCGUUCAACGUUUGGUUCUUUAUUGAAAUCACAAUUACAUUUAUCAACCGAG